UACGCCUGACAAGGAACCGAGCGAUGAUAAACACUUCUCCGGAUUUUCCGAAACGUGUCAUGUAACUUCCUCUUGUCUACCGAGAAGGAAAAAAAAAAAAAAAAAAAAGCUUCCUAUUUCCCUCCCGGCCAGUCUUACAGUUUCAGCCCUCCAUGCAGCAGGUCAUCAGCGUGUGGGUUCGAGACCCACGCAUCCAAAAGAAUGACUUUUGGCACGCCUACAUGGACUAUGAAAUUUGUUUACAUACGGACAGCGUGUUCUUCACCAAGAAGAUCUCACGAGUGCGAAGGCGGUUCAGAGAGUUUGUGUGGCUCCGACAAAGGCUGCGAGCCAACUCCAUGCUGAUGACGCAACUACCGCAGCUGCCCCCGAAGAACCCCUUCUUCAGCCUGAACAAUGCCCAGCAGAUCUCUGAGCGCAUGGCGGGACUCCAGAGCUUCUUGGAACAGACCCUCCAGAGUCCCCUGCUGCUGUCCGACAGCUGCCUGCACCUUUUCCUGCAGUCGCAGCUCAGCAUAGCCAAGAUGGAGGCCUGCGCCGCGGGAAGGACCCGCUACUCCGUGGCCCAGGCGGUGCAGUGCUGCGGCAUCAGGAGGUUUCUAUCCCGAGAGGCCCUGCAGAAGGACCAGAGCGUGUCCGGGGACUCGGAUUCGGACAGCUGUGAAUGCAAAGAUCCCGAGUGGCAGAUUCAAGAAAACGUCGCGCUAAACAAAGCUUCAGAUGAUCACGUGGGAACUGAGCAGGAGCAAAGCAUCUGCUCUUCUUCAUGACGACAUCAUCAUCAUCAUCACAAGUGGAAAUAUUGGGAGUUGACCUUCCUGCAUUUUCAAAUGUUCGCCCUGUGCCCUUUUUUUAACCUGAUACCGUUUUUUUGUCAUUAUGGACAUUUUUAAUAUGUUGUUAUUACGCUGAAUAAUAAUCAGCCCCCGUAUUCAAUCUCGUUUACUCUGGUAGAAACGUCGUUCCAGAAGGUGGCAGUGUUGAAACAUCCAUCUGUUUUGUGUUUAUACCGACAGCAUGCUGCACGUUAUCUAUAUUUACUGUCUUUCAUAAAUCGCAUAUCAUAGUCAGCCAUCGGGCUGACUUCCAGAUAUGUCAACACGCGUCUCUCAGCGACUGCUUUUAUUAAUAAGGUGUGACGAGCCUGUCAUGUGCACCGAGCUAAGUUGGUGCAGAAUUUUUAGACAUGGGGAGGGGGCAGUUGUGUCACUGUGGACCGGCCCCUGUCUUCGAGGGCGGGGGGACACGGGUGGGGGUGGGGGACAGGCAGGCAUCGCUGUCCCUCUAGAAUUUGCAUAAGCACCUCGUCCCUCUCCAUAUAGUGUACUCUCUGCAUACAGUAAGUAAUAUUUCAUGCCUAGGCGCUCCUACAGUGAGCGUCGACGUUCUCAUGCAGAGGUAACGAAGCUCGGGCGACAUAUCUGCACAGCUAAUGAGAUAAGCGCUGCGCUCAUUAUAGAUUCAGAGCAGGAAGAGACAAAGAAUGAUGGAAGAAACGGGAAAGGAGGGGGGGGGGCAGGGGCUGGGGGUGGUCAUCACCUUAGAGCACGGCGGGUGGAACAACAGCCUUUACAACUUCAAUUAAACGAAGGAUGUGUGAAGAUGAGAGGAUGGAAAAUCUGCUUGUGCACGUCCACUAAGGUUUUUUUUUUUUUUUUAAUGUGAGAAGAAUAUGAUAUAUGUUUGAAAUAUGUACUCUGCACACUCGUGAACUGACACAUGCAAGUGAUGUAAAGACAAAAUAUGUCUGUGUGAGUACGUUUCCCCAAACCUUUAAGUGAGUUAUCCUGUUCUUGAUGCUUGUAGAUAAGGAUUUGUCACAUUUAAUGUGUCCAUCGUAUUGGUAAAUACAUAAAUUAAAAUAGUAGUUUGA